UUGCUAGCUAGCUGGCCGUUUUCGUUUGUAUAACUCGCUGUGCUUUCUAAUAGUUGACAGGCUAGCUAAUUACGUUACUAGCCAAGUAAAACGCAACUCCACGAUGUAGCAUUAGUGUUCAUGGAGACGAGAGGGCGGAGUGUACCUCCUCCGACUACAUCGAGUCACCCGCUGUCAGUCGAUAUGAGGAAACAGUCCGUGGAUGAAUUUGUUUAACGUUUUAUUCAAAAGUAUAGAUUUCAGCAAACAAAUACACGCAGCUACAGAGGGACAAGUACACGAAGGAUCCCUGAGAUGACUAAUACAAUAAAUUAUGAUUGAACGGGGCUCCUUUAUUCUUCACAGAGGGACCAUGAUACCCUGCAACUCGUGAUCUCAAUAUGGAGUUGUACUGGUACAUAGUGGUCAUCGUAUUCAUCAUCAUCAAGAUCUUCUUCUACGUGUGCUGGUACCGCUCACGUCAGAGACAGCUGGCAGCGUACCUCAACAACCCUCGUAAUGCCCAGAUAGUCAUUGUGGGAGGGAGGGCCUAUCUGCAUCAAACGUGUGAGAGACCGAAUACGUCUAUCUGGCCCAGUUGGUAUGGGGUUCAGGAUGAGGAGUCAGUCGGCGAGCCUUCCACCCCUCGCCCCCCGGCAGCAUCCUUCUCUCAUAUGGACAUGCCUCCACCAUAUGAAGCCGUCUCUGGAGCUGAUGACCUGAAACCUCCUCCGUAUAGCGAGGUUGCCCAGAGCGACGCCAUGGACACUUCUCGCCCCUCCCACCACGCCCUUCUCCCUCCCCCUCUCUCUGAGGGUGGAGACUCUGCUAGCAUCAUCAGCGAAGCCCCACCUCCAUACACCCCCCAGCCCCAACCGGCAUGAGGGCCCUGUCAACUCCAGCCAAUCACACUCGGAGGACUGACCCAGCUAGACCAAUCACGAACCCUGAUGCCGACCGACUCUUUACCUCCUUUCCAAGUGCUGUCCUCCUCCCUGCCUUCUCACCUCAGCGAUCCCUGCCAGCUAUGCUCACUCACUAAACCGAGAGGGCAGACUGUUGGUUUGUUUUUCUAGGUUUUAAAACAGUUUUCUAUUUUCUACUGUUUGAAAGUGAUUUGUUGUGAUGAAGAAUAUGAUAAAUAAUAAGAUAUAAUGUUGUGGAGUUGAUGGGGAGUUUGACUGCUGGACAACUCUUCCCUCUGGAACACCCCACUGCAUCAUGGGAACGAGAGAGGGCUAGAGGGAGAGAUUUACACAACAGCCAGCAGUGGAGAGGAUAAAGGCAACAAUAACGUCCAAUAUCGUCCAAUAUCCAAUGAGUCCAAUGACGGCCUUUAGUGCUGCGUCCAGACACCCAUUCCAGUGUCCCCAUCAGAGUUCUAUACUAAGCACCUUCUCAGAACUGAUUUAAAAGAGACUAUUCUACAGGCCUUUAUCUGUAACAUCCAACAGCAUUUGCCUUAGAGAUUGAGAGAGAUCAAUGCAUUUCCAAGAAAUCUACCAUAUGAAAGAACCAUGUUGGAAAAAUGUAGUGGUUGAAUGUGAUGAUUAUUGUACAGUCACAGAACAAUAAUGAUCGCUAACAUCUUCAGUCCAUUGGAGCUCAAUCCCCUCUUCACUCUGUCAGUGGCUUGGUUAUGCCAUUUUGGCUAUUCUUAUGUCAUAAAUGUUCUGUUAUUGCGUCAUUCCAGGAGCCAGGAGUUUUUUUUUCUGACCAAAAACUCUGGACCUUAAAGUUUAACUAGGGUCCAGUGUUUUUCUAGGCAGGUCAUGUAGUUUGGAAUUUUCCUAACUGUGGUCAUAUCCAUUCAUUGAAGAUUGCUGCUGUGUCAAUGCAGUCUGUGGGGUUACAGUAAAUAUGUCCCAAUUACAGUGAGCUCAAAGUAUUGGGACGGUGUCACAUUUGAGUUGUUUUGGCUCUGUACUUCAGCACUUUGGAUUUGAAAUGAUACAAUGGCUGAGGUUAAAGUGCAGACUGUCAGCUUUAGGGUGUUUUCAUCCACUUCAAAAUGACACAAUACAUUAUUUACCAUCCAUUUCUGUUGGGCACCAAAUCAUCUGAAACACAACUAAAACAACCAGCAAAUGCUUCCAACAAAUUGGUAGUCACAAGCUUGAUGUAGUCAUUGCGUGCUGUGAAUAUGGGACCAAAUGCUUUUUACAACUUUAAUACACAUAUAAGUGAAAUAGUCCCAAUAUGUUGGGUCCCAUAAAAUGUGGUGACUAUGUGCAAAAAAGUGCUGUCAUUUCUAAACGGUUCACCCGAUGUGGAUGAAAAUACCUUCAAAUGAAUGCUCACUGUCUGCACUUUAACCUCAGUCAUUGUAUAAUUUUAAAUCCAAAGUGCCGGAGCACAGAGCCAAAACAACAACAAAUGUGUCACUGUCCCAAUACCGUUGGAGCUCACUUUGAAUCUCCUUCCUCCCAAAGUGUGUAUUUGUUCAUUACCCUUCACUGAUUUGAAGAAAAUGACUGCUCUAAGUUGGUGGAAACUCCCACUAGCCAUGCCUCCACCAAUCCAAUGCUUUUAGAUCUGUAGCAAGUAGUGAGCGAGUGCACACUUCAGGAGAAUGGAGAUAUUAUUGGGACGAACCGUUAGUAUCCCAGCUAUCUGGUUCCAUUGGCUGUAACUGGAUGAGCUAACAGGCCUGAUCAUGAUGACCUUUCAACAGGUUUUUGGUGUGUUUACAACGACAAACAACCAAUAACAAUGUUGUAAAAUGUAUAGUAAAGAAUACAGGGGGAACUUGGAGGAAGUAAUGUAGAGACCCAUUUGAAACAUAACUUUAAGCAUAGAAUAGAAAGGUUGCCGAUGAGUUUAAAAUUACUUUAAAAUAUAUUGUUAUAUGAUAUGAUUAUGAUAAUCUUCCAUUUUGUGGUGACAAAUCAGUGUGUGUCUGUCCCAGAUUCAUAACCUUGCCACAUGCAUUAUGGGGAGUUGAACCCAGUUUGAUUCUGCAUUUCUGAGACUUAAUUUUGUUGUUGGGUAUUCAUACAUUUUGGGGAUUAAUCAAUUGUACAUUAAACAUAUGAUUACAUUCA